CCAUGGUUUAGUGGGGUUAUUGGUGGUAGCUGGAUGGUUGGACUAGGUGAUCUUGUAGGUCUUUUCCAACCUAGCUCAUUCUAUGAUUCUAUGAUUCUAUGAGGCAAUGCUGAUUCUCAACUUCGUCCUACUGCAAAAUCACCUCCGUCCCUUUAAAUCACCGCAGCAUCACACGCCUGCAUUGCCGGCUAACCCGGCCUUCCCUGUUUGCUCCGCUCACCUUGCACUUCUCGCAGGCCGUGACGACUUUCUGGCACCUGUGUGCUGAGGAUGAUAAGCUGACAGGGCACAGCGCAGCGCGCUGCUCUGCCGCAGCAGCGGCUCAGAGACCGGCGGCGCCGCUCCUCCAUCCUCUGCUUUCCACAAGCACGAAGUCCUCCUGCUGCUCUCAGUGCCGCCGUCGCGCAGCCCCGCACAGAGCGCACCGAGACGCGUCCUCGGGAGAACACGGCGGGGUCCCGGGGCGGUGCGGGCUGCGGCUGGGAGCUGUGCAGCAGGAGUGGCCGCGUGGCAGGGCAGGGUGCUGGCUGCACCAUGCGCUGCUGCCGGUGUGAGUGCUGACACUGACAGGCUAUAACCACACUCAGAAAUAAGGAGAAAUUUCUGAGUAACCAGGAGAAGCAGUGUAACUUUGCCAUUGCUACUUCUAGUGCUCAGCGCCGUCCAUACUGUUUUCUUCCGGAAAUUUCCUUACCCAAACUUGCUUCCUUACCUGAAAUUUGUGCCUUUCUUAAAAAGGGGCUGUUGUAAUGCUCCUUGCACGUGGUGAGUCUGCAUCUAUCAUGCAGAUACGCUUCGUAGCAUAUUAUUUGCUUCCCCUUACAGAAUGUGACAAAAUAAAUAGAAGCCACUAAUGAACUUCAGAAAAUCCCGACUUAAUCAUGGCACGAGUGCUCACUGCAGACAAAAAGGAGGCUGAAUUUGGAUGACUUGAUACCAUAACUUAGAUGAAAGUGCCAGGUUAAGAAUUCUUUCCUUUUUCCUUUUUUUUUUAAAUACAAAAUUUGCAUUUAGACCCCUGGUGCAGCAGUGUAUGCUUAUGAGAGAGCAGCCUUGUAACAACAACAGUGAGAAACGUGCGUGGAGGAACAGAGCCAGAAAACCCAAACCACUGCAAACCAGGAGAAAAAACGAAACUGUCCCAGCACCAAGUGUCAAAGCUCGGGGUGUGCUCGGAGUGGGACCCGAGUGGGACUGACAGGAGGGAGGACAGCCUUGCAGGUUUUAUUUGCACGCACCUUGUUAGGCAUUAAUCUGCAUAAUUAGCUUUAAUUUUAUGAGCACGAAAUGUUGCAAUUUGGAUACUUAUCUGGGAUUGCUAUUAGUGCUCUGAGAAGAAAAUUGCAGUGCGUGUUGGAACAAGACCUUCAGAACAACCUUUGGCAAAAAUAAAUGUGCACAUGCACUGCUGUACGCUUGCUCCAGAGCUCCCAGAGCAAUUCGUGUGCCCACUGGAACACACAGAUGGAAUCUCCAGUUUUCAGUAUUGCCCAUACACAAGUUUUGCUUCUCUCUCUUUUGUUUAGCACCAGCUGGCAGCCCCUGUGAAGUGCACAAAGCCACCUCUGCCCAGGACUAGCGCAGCAAGGGAUGCCAGCUCCCUGCGUGCUGGGGGAAAGGAAGCCAUGAGCAAGGCCCACCCUGAUGGGAGCAGGCAGCAGGGAGGGGGCAGACCCCACAGCCCAUGGGAGCAUCCACGUGGGUCGGCCGUGCAGGAUGCGCCCCAGCCCCGGGACACGGCCCUGACCCUCCGCCAGGCACAGGAGCAGCUGCAGGUGCCCACAGCUCAGGCUGAGGACACGCAGAGGUGAUAACGGCUGACAGGCAGCCCCCUGCAGCCCAAUGGUGGGGAGGCAGCGAGCCCUGAAGGACAGCAGUGCUGGGUACCAACGUUACAGCCAUACCCCGUGCUCUGCGACGUCUCCUCGCACGACGGGGCACACUGCCCUGCCUGACGCUGCUCAGGGGACACCUCUGAGUUCUGCACAUGGCCCACGAGCUCAGUGCUGUCCCAGUGCGACCUCCAGCCCUCCCCGCUUACUGUGCCGGGUCAAUCUAAAUUUCUUUGGAAAUCAUUGUGAUUUCAGAGAAACGUUUUGAGGAGAAGUGGGAGCCAGGAGAGGACGCAGACUCCCAAAUGAAUACAGACCUUCUCUUCUUACAAAAAUUUCUGCUAAGAGUGAUAGAGAUUAUAAAAUAGAUCAAGAGAAUAAACUCCAGCGUUUGCCUGAGGCACGGCAUCAGCACGGCACUGCGUGUAGGGGAGACGUGUAAAUCUGCUGGCACAGGGACCCGCGGCGCGCACAUGUUUUCUCCAGGUGUGGAGCCAGCAGCCGCAGAGCGGUGCCCGCUGCUUUGCUCCCACUGCAGCAGCUCCGCUCCUCACUGCGAAGGACGCGGCCGCUUCCCCGAUACGGAUCAGGGAGGUGUGAUGGAAAGGAAGGCAAAGCUGAGCGUCAGGAAUGUCGGCUGUACCCGAAACGUGACGUGCUGAGCGCAGCAGGCAGCGCUGUCAAAACACUGAGAUCUCUGCGGGCCGAGCAACGCUGGCAGCUGUGGCAAUAAAUGUCUUUAUUCUGGGCUGAUUUGGAAACAGCGAUGUUACAUAGCACGCUGCGUGCUGCAGCAACGCAUCUCCAACUUCAGUAUCGGAGUCUGAGGAGACAAACUGCAUCUUCUGAGAACACUGACUGUGAGAGAAACAGAUCAUCCCGGGGGGAAGCUUCAGCUCUAAACAAUACAGCAAAUCCCGAGAGCCAGCACAUUUCUAUAAACACUAACUUCAAACUGGUAGCAGGAAGGAAACACAAACGACACAGGAACGUCCGAUCAGCACGUGGCUUAGAAGCUACUGCAGAUCUGAAGGCAAAACCCCCUGCUGGCGUUCCUCCCGUGCACAUGAGCAGCAGUAAGAGCACGGAACGGCAUCGAAAGGCUGAGGCCAUCUGAAGCCCUCCAGCUCUGUGCCGUGGCUCCAUUCUCACGUUGUUUUUUUGGUAUUUUCCAAGCACACCAUGAGAUCUGCCCUUACCAGGAAAACCCUCAGGUAUUGACAAGUCCCUACAGUGAGCAAGUACAUAUAGAAAAAGGAGACAGAGGAGAAAACAACGCAGGUACUCAGGAGAACAUAAACAGAUUAAGAGACUCUUUGGGAAAUGUUGCUCCUCUUGUUGCAGUAACUCUGGAACAUUUUUUGCUCCUUGUCACUAACAGAGCUACCCAGUGCUCUGGGCUUUUGUGACGCCCCGACAAGGAGCAGCUCUGGCAGCAGUGAUGGAACACGGACCGUGAUCCUCCCAGCACUCGCCGUGGUGGGAGCUGCGAGGAAGGCCCCCACUCACCACCCCAGCCCGACCCACACACAGAGCAGCACGAAGGGCAAAAUGCUUUUGUUUUGUAAAGGGCACCUCUCAGCAGCAGCGAGGGAACACGGAUCCCAGAAGCUGUGUUUACGCUGCUGAGGUGACAGCGCCGUCCCCCAGCUGCGGAUCCCGGAGAUAUUAUCACAUCAUCAAGGCAAUUGAAAGCUUUCAUCAUCUGUCAGCUAUUGAGCGUAUAAAAUAGCAAGAUAAGAUCAGAGAGCUUUUGAAAGAAAUUGCACAAGCAGCAAUAAAGCAACAUUGACUGAAGCACAGUUCCAAGCACAGAUCGAUGCAUCCAGGCAGAAAAUGUUAAAUAAUGUUGAAUUUAAUGUGAAAAAAGGCCCGAAGAAGCAGAAGUAGAGUUUGUGGAAGAACUAUGCACACGGAUGCGGACAGCAGAGCGUGAAAAGCAGCAGCGUGUGAUCCACGUUCAGGGUCCCUCGCGGUGCCACCGCUGUGCGCAGCAGAACACACGUUUAUCACAAAGGAUGCAGGGUGAGAGCGUGCAGGGAUGCGGGGGAACAGAUGUGCGUUAGAACCAGAACAUUCAGCUUCCACCCAGGACCAGGAUGAACCACUACAGCACAAGCAGAACUCCUGCAGGUGCCGGGGCGUUUCCUCGGUGGCCUCACCUGCGUGAGCCCGGCCCCGCGCUGAAAGCCUCCAGCUGCGCUGCCCCAGUGCUGCUCUAGAGCCCGACCGAUCUCGGCUCUGUAAGUGGCACGCACUGGUGCUCUAUGCUCCAUAAUGUAAGACACAAUGGAGGUAAGGAGCUGCUUUACCUGAAACCUUGCAGGUCUUCCCACACGGUGGUUAGUAGUCAUUGCCUGGCUUAAUAAAGCUUCUAAUUGAGCUACAAUUUACUUUGACUUUAUAGCACAAUUAAAGCAUCCCUAAUCUUCAUAUGAUUUCAGAUCAUCAUCUCUUUGGUAAAAUAAAGCUUUUUUCCUUUGAAUUCUAGGACGUAGCUGUCUUGUGAGCUGUGCUAACAUUUCCUCACAGAGGAAGGAUUUUGGCUUUACAAAAUGCAUGGCAAUGCACUGCUUGAAAGAGGAGUCUCAUAAAUAAAUGCAUUUCCUGAGUGGUGGCAGGGAUACACCAGUUGGACAAUCUCAACAGUCAAGUCCUAUUAUUAAAACCCUUGCACUACCAUGAAUACUAAAAUAAAUAAAUAAAUAAUAACCAGUGAAAAAGAUCCAAAAUGCACAAAGUAGAAAAGAGUAGAAGAGAACAACAGCCUCUGACAACAGCAGCUACAAAAAUCUGAGCAAGGAAUGUAAAUGAAUAAAGACAUCAAUAACUGCACAGUCCCAACAUGAGAGAUCUGGGCAUCGCCUUCCUUCUUCCUCCCUGCCCAGUCCCACCACUCACAGAGCUCAGCGUUGCCCCGCUGAGGUGAUUUCUGCACUGAGGAGCAGAGCUGGGCUGCAGCAGGCCACCUGCUCCAGAAAAGCUAAACGCAAGGAAUGCCGCCCAAAGAGAGCGCAAUCUUUGGUCUUAAACAAUCACCAUAAACUCAGCAAUGGGCCAGAUUGUCUGAGAUAUCAGCAGAAAAAUAUUGUUCAGCAAAUUAUUCUUGGCACAAACAACAAGGCCGGUAAAUGCCCUGGGAGAAGGAAACUCCCUGAUGGUGACACCCACUGUCAAAAGUAUAAAUAGAGAGUGCUGGGGAUGAAAAUUUACAGUCCUGAAUCUUAUCAGGCUGUGCUCCUAAAUUUGGGAUUGUGGUUAGACUCCUGCCUGCUGCCAGUAUGAGCUGCGGCACCAAGUCCUCAUCCAGCACCACCAGGAUCAGCAGCAGCGGUGGCGGUGGCAGAUGCGGCAGCGGCGGCGGCGGCGGCGGAGGGGGCAGCAGCUGCGGCAUCCGCAAAUCCGGGGGAUACUCCUCGGUCUCCACUAGGAAAUACACCUCCUCUGGGGGAAGCGGAGGCUUUUCUGGGAGAAGCUUUGGUGGAGGAGGUUCCAGGAGCAGCUACGGAGGGGGGUUCAGCAGCGGCAGCUGCGGAAGGAUUGGCCGCAGUAGCUAUGGUGGAAGGAUAAGUAGCGGCAGCUACGGAGGAGGAAUGGGUGGAAGCAUGGCAGGAGGAUACGGGUCGUGCGGAGGAGGCUUUGGGGGCAUGGGGGGUGGUUAUGGAAGUGGCCUCAGCGGAGGCAGCUUUGGCGGUGGUGGUGGUGGGUACAGCGGAGGUGGAUUCGGCAGCUUCGGGGGCAGCGGUGGCUUCGGGGGCGGCAGCUAUGGUGGAGGCAGUUUCGGUGGAACAGGGUUUGGUGAAGGCUCUGGACUGCUCUCCACAAAUGAAAAGCUGACCAUGCAGAACCUCAAUGACCGCCUGGCCUCCUACAUGGAUAAAGUACGAGGCCUGGAGGAAGAAAAUGCCCACCUUGAACGUCUGAUCAGGGAGUGGUACCAAAAGCAAGGUCCCACUGGUUCCAAGGACUACAGCCAAUAUUACAGAACAAUUGAAGAACUGCAGAACCAGAUUGUUGGUGCAAACGUGGACCUGAACAGGAUGCUUCUUGACAUUGACAACACCAGGAUGACUGUGGAUGACUUCAGACUGAAGUAUGAGACUGAGUAUACUCUCCACCAGAGCGUGGCAAGUGAUAUUAAUGGAUUACGUCCACUUUUGGAUCAACUGACUCUAUCCAGAUCGGACUUGGAGACACAGUUUGAAUCCCUGAAAGAGGAACUGAUUUACCUUAAGAAGAACCAUGAAGAGGAAAUGAAAGGACUGCAAACACAAUCUGGUGGUGAUGUCAAUGUUGAAGUCAAUGCUACUCCAGGCACUAAUUUGAUGGAAAAAUUAAAUGAAAUGCGUUGUGAAUAUGAGCGGCUUAUUGAGAACAACCGAAGAGAGGUGGAAAGCUGGUAUGAAACCAAGAUGGAAGAAGUUAAUCAACAAGUCCAUUCGAGCGGCCAGGAGAUCCAGUCCAGCAACCAACAGAUCUCCGAGCUGAGACGUGAAUACCAAAGCCUGGAAAUUGAGCUGCAGUCGCAACUCAGCAUGGUAGACUCUUUGCAAUCCAACCUGGAAGACACGGAACGCCGCUACAACAUGCAGCUGCAGCAGAUCCAGGGCAUGAUCGGCCCCUUGGAGGAGGAGCUGGCCAGCAUCCGCUGCGAGAUGGAGACCCAGAACGAGGAGUACAAGAUGCUGCUGGGCAUCAAGACCCGGCUGGAGCAGGAGAUCGCUCAGUACCGGGCCCUGCUCGAGGAAGGGCAGCAAGACCUUGUAAUCCCAGCAGGAGGAAUGGGAGGAGGAAUGGGAGGCGGCAGAAUAGGAGGUGGUGGUUUUUCCGGAGGAGGAAGAGUAGGAGGUGGUAGCAUGAGUGGUGGAAUGGGAGGAGGAAUAGGAGGGGGAAGCGGAGGAAUAGGAGGGGGAAGCGGAGGAAUGGGGGGAAGCGGAGGAAUGGGGGGAAGCGGAGGAAUAGGAGGGGGAAGCGGAGGAAGCUGCAUCAUUGGAGGAGGCGGAGGAGGAGGAAGGACCUCAGGAGGCAUCAGCAGUUCCCACUCCUACUCUUCAUCUUCCCAGUCUCAGUCAUGCAGAGGCGGUGGUGAAAGCCAAGGUUACGGAAGAAAAUCCUUUGACUAAGACCUGAGGAUUCUACAGUGCAAGACUCGUUAAAGAGAAAUCGGCCCAACUCCCCUGUGCUCCUCAGGCUCCUGAGGAAGGAGAUGCUCCUACCAGCUCCUCACUGCUGCUCUGCCCAAAGGCUCCGUCAGCGCCGCUCCGACGGGCCAGCUGCUGCUCUGCCUAGAACGCUUUGUGGGUUCAAUCACUUGCACUGGAACUUCUUGCUUUACAGAUUCAACCAGCUUGUUAUUUGGUUGUUCUGUACGAGGAAAAUGUCUUUAAUAAAACUUCAUUUCUGUCUGAUGCAACCAGAA